AACACCUUUAAAGCUUCUGUCUUUGUCAUUCUCUUUCUUAUCUUUCUCCCCAUUCUCUGUUUUGAAUCCUUGUUUCUUUUUCAGGAAAAGGAUCAUUUUGCAGAAAUAGACCUGGAUUCCUGUGAGGCAGAGAGGCCUCCGUUGGACACCAGAGAGAGGCCACUGGGUGACAGAAUGAUGCCGGCAAGACCUCCUGAUCGGUCUAUUCAUGGCGGCAGAAGGGAAGCAGUGGCUGUGGAACCAGAUCAGGGUCCACUGUGCUUUGAAGAUGUCGCUGUUCGUUUCACGGACGAGGAGUGGGCGUUGCUGGAUCCUGACCAGAGAGCUCUGCAUAAGGACGUCAUGGAGGAGAAUUGUGGGAUCGUGGCCUCUCUUGAGAGUGAAGAAUUGGAAAUCAUGAACAAGGAUGACCAUGACAAAAUCUGUAAAAAUUUGGAGUGUGGAAAGAGCUGCAGUCAGAGCUCCCAUUCCGCUUCCCAUCAAAGAAUUCACAUAGGGGAGAAACCCUAUCAGUGUGUGGAAUGUGGAAAGAGCUUCAGUAAGAGCUCCCAUCUCAAUACCCAACAGAGAAUUCACACAGGGGAGAAACCAUAUCAAUGCUUCGAAUGUGGAAAGAGAUUCAGUCGCAGCGACUUCCUCACUUCCAAUCAAAUAAUUAAUACAGGGGAGAAACCCUAUCAGUGUGUGGAAUGUGGAAAGAACUUCAGUCGGAGCUCCUAUCUCAUGUCCCAUCAAAGAAUUCAUACAGGGGAUAAGCCCUACCAGUGUGUGGAAUGUGGAAAGAGCUUCAGUAUGAGCUCCGAUCUCACUAAGCAUCAGAGAAUUCAUACAGGGGAGAAACCCUAUCAGUGUGUGGAAUGUGGAAAGAGCUUCGCUGAUAGCUCCGAUCUCAUAAAGCAUCAGAGAAUUCAUACUGGGGAGAAACCCUAUCAGUGUGUGGAAUGUGGAAAGAGCUUCAGUCAUAGAUCCUCUCUCACUUCCCAUCACAGAAUUCAUACAGGGGAGAAACCCUAUCAGUGUCUGGAAUGUGGAAAGAGCUUCAGUACAAGCUCCGAUCUUACUAAGCAUCAGAGAAUUCAUACAGGGGAUAAGCCCUACCAGUGUGUGGAAUGUGGAAAGAGCUUCAGUUUUAGCUCUGUUCUCACUAAGCAUCAGAGAAUUCAUACAGGGGAGAAACCCUAUAAGUGUGUGGAAUGUGGAAGGAGCUUCAGUACGAGCUCCUCUCUCACUUCCCAUCACAGAAUUCAUACAGGGGAGAAACCCUAUCAGUGUGUGGAAUGUGGAAAGAGCUUCAGUAAGAGCUCCUCACUCACUUCCCAUCACAGAAUUCAUACAGGGGAGAAACCCUAUCAGUGUGUGAAAUGUGGGGAAAGCUUCAGUAUGAGCUCACAUCUCACUAAGCAUCAGAGAAUUCACACACGGGAGAAACCAUAUAAUUGCUUGGAAUGUGGAAAGAGCUUCAGUAAGAGUGUCAGUCUCACUUCCCAUCAAAGAUUUGAUACAGGGGAGAAUCACGAAAUCGUAGAAUUGUGUAGCUGAAAGUGAUCCCUGGUGUCAUCUAGUCCACCCCGUGUGAUGCAGUUGGCCAUCCAACUUCACUUGAAAACCUCAAUAGAUGGAAGUUCCAGCACUUCCAAGGGAGUCCAAUCCACUAAGAGCUCUUGCUGUCAAAAAGUUAUUCUGCAUGUUUAGUCAGAGUCUUCUUUUUUAACUUGAAGCCAUUGAUUUGUGUCCUACCCUCUGGAGCAGGAAAAAAUUAUUUUAUUUUCUUUCUCCUUUAUUGUCCACCUGGUGUCCUCUUGUCCUUUGAGAACCACAAGACGUUUCUCCUUUUGUUCGUCUUUCCUUUUUAUCACAGUUUUGAACGCUCAUACUUUGAAGGAGCAAGGUUUUAAUUCCAUGAAGUCAGCCAGCUACGGUAAUCCUGUAGUAACAUUCAUAGCUGAGAUAGGAAGACCAUGUUGAGGAAAGAGUAUUCCGACGGUUAAUCUGAAGGGAGAAGCUGUGGGAAGACGCUCUUCUCCUUCUGGGGUCUCCAUCCAGUCAGGAGGGGGAAGAUCUUCUAGGAAAAGGAGAUCCCCGAGUCCGUGGCAAAGGCUGAGAGGAUCUCCUGGGUCUGGCAUACAAAGGAAAAUACCUCAGGAGUGGGAUUGCUAAGAGAGAGGGGAAGCUAGGAAAAGUGGCCCCUCGCUCACGGACCAAAGUAUGAAGCCGUGAAGGAAGCUGGGCUGUGUCAAAAGUAUUUCAUUGAAACACCUGUCAUAACUAAGGAAUGGAGUUUGAUUUACGUUUGCAACCGGGUGGCUGUGUAAAACAGCAUAUAUCCCAGAUGUUGUUGUUAUUCAACCGCUUGAGGCAACUACAGAUUCCCUUCACAGAGCAGCAGAAAGUUUACAUUUUGCUGAGUUCUUUAGACCCCAGCUAUGAGACCCUUUCUCUUACUUUGGAAGCCUGCAGACCAGAUUGAUAUUGAAUAUGUACGGGCAGAUUACAGGAUGAACGGGAGGUUGAGAGAGAAAGGAAAAGCUGUGAGGGGGGGGGGUUGCCCAGUGCCCAGGAGUGGGGGUGCAGAAGAAGCUGAAAACACUGUGCAUGCCUUUGCAGCAAAGCGGUGCUAUGUGUGCAAUUCUGAUCAACACCUGGAGAGAGGUUCAAGAGCUCUAGGCUCUGUGAUUUAACCCACAGCACCACCCACGUCUCUCUCCAAACUCCAGUGAGCAUGUCCUUUGCUGUGUAAAAACAAAACCUCAUUUUUGUUCUCUAAAAACAAGACCUCUUCCUUACACACACACACUUCCCAAGAUGGCUUGCUCUAUGUAGAAUCAAUUAUUGUUGCGAUGCUUGGGUCAUAUGAAUUGAAUCAGAAUAUCUAGCCACCUGCGUCAUGCGUUUAUUCAGGUGAGGCUGAAUAAAACACUCUAGAAAAAUCCUUCUUGACUGCGUCUGCACUGUUUCAAAUAUGAGUUCACUUUUCUAUAAAAAUGUGUCAUAUUUAUUGCUGUGAAAUGGUACCACACUCAGCUUACGGAUCUCAACCCCCCAAAAAACCUGCACCGACUUGCUGCUUUCCCCCAAUUUCUUAGGUAGAAAUAACUGAUAUUGAGAAGCAUAGCUGUCAACUUUCCUAUUUGAAAAUAAGGGAUCAGCAGCAGCCUCACCUGUCCUGGGGACAGUCUACGGUAAAACUAACAGUCCAGGAUAGCAGCGGGAAACAGCUCUGAAAUAAGAGAAUUUGCAGCAAAAAACGGGAGGUUUGGCAGCUAUGUUGAGAAGGAAGAAGAGAGAGAGAGACCCCCAACCCUCAAUCUUUGGGGGUGUGGUAGGCAUCAUUUCAGCGAUGCUGCCUUGCUCCAGUUUGCCUCUGUAAGUCCCCACGUCCCUUUUCCUGUGGCCCCUGAAUGGCUCUCUCCUCAUCCGUCUGUCUCUGGAGACAAUGGAGGACGGCUCAAGUGGUGGGGAGAUGGCGACCGGGGCAGCUGGCUGCUGUGACGGACAGGAGAGCCAGAGCAGAGUCCGGGGUGCAGUGCCUCACAAUUCCACCAGAGGGCGGGAGCCUCUCUCUGAUUGGCUACCCGGAGGGGGGUGGAGCCAGCACUUUUGGAGGGAAAAUAAAGGGAGCCGUUUCUGAGGGGAUUUUUAGAAAGGGCUGGAUUUUGAGAUGGGGGAGAGGGAAGGUUGGGAGAAGAAGAUGGGGAUGAGGAGAAGUUUGGAGGGAGGGAGAAGGGGGUCUGAUUUGAGAGGAACAUCUUCUGUGAUGUUGCAUUCGGAACAGAUUAAGUUUGUAAGUAGAGGUGCCCCUGUACCUCAGGAGUGGGAUUGCUACAAUGAUAAAAACAUAAUCAAAGCAUAAUCAAAAGCAUACUGGGAUACAGCCUAAUUGUGGGGUGUGAAACACAGAGCAGUCAAAUACAACAUUCCUAGACUGGACAUAAAAAGGGGAUGUCUGGAGCAGCCAGUCGGAAUUUCCUGUUGCCUCCUGGGCUGGGACAGACUUCCUCUGCAUGUGACCAGAGGUGGGCGUGGCCUCUCCUGUGCAGGUAACAAAAUGGCACAAAGGAGGCAGUCAUCUCUCUCUCUGACUCCAUUCCUUGAAGCAACAUCUCCAGCCAAGAGAGGACAAAGGCAUUAUCCCGUUACGGACUAGAGUCCAGGUGUAUAUAUUUUGUAACUUAAGUCUGCUUUCUGGGAUCCAUUUGUGAACAGAAUGUGAGUAAACUAUUUUAUAUACUUUUAUACAAGACUGUCGUGUCUAUUCUUUUCAUGAGGGAAUAAAAGGAGAAUUUCCAGGAAACUUAUUUUAGAGGCUUAAACAAGCCUGACAAAGACGUUAUCCGCUGCUCAAGUUUAAAAAGGGGAAUGUUACUCUGCUAAAUUGUAGGACUUCUUAACACAAGUUGGGAAGGAAAUAAUUAAACAACAUAUCCUCUCCUGCCUCCCUGAACAUUCCUGCACUAAUAAUGCAGCACUCCUUUUACAAAUUGAGGGGAGACUCUCUGCUCACCUGUUUUAAGGCCACAAGGGGGGUGGGGUGAUUCAUCCAAGGGAAGGACAUAGUCCAGUCUUUCUCCUGUCACCCACAGCCAUAGAAUAAGAGAGUUGUCCACCCAAGCUCUGCACACCCUCCAACAUUUUGCAGAGGGAAAUUGGGACGCGCGACUUUUGGGGCCACACUCCUGAAUGAGUCACGUAACUCACGCGAGAGCAAGGACUCCACA